UACGUUGACUCGAUGACGGCAGAGGGCGUGCGUUAUAAACGCGGCGCUUUUAUUCUGUCGUGUUGUUGCGCUUUCAGAAAGACUCUCUUCAUCUGCAGUUCUCCGUGAAUAUGGCGAAUGUUUGGGGAAAUAUACUCGUACUUGUUUUCGCGCACUUUGUAGGGUCUGAAGGGAAUCAGUGCGGCGAACCAACGGAAUAUCCAGACAGACGGCUGGACGACAAAUAUCGUCACAUGUCAGACUUCAAGCCUGACGACAGUGUGGAGUAUAAUUGCGCUCCGGGUUACAGGAGGACGGACGGCAGCCGGAUGUCCUUCUGUGAGGAGGGACGCUGGACACCGUUAGACCUGACAUGUGAAAAAAUGUCCUCGUCACAUGGAACUAACCGCCGAUUUUCAAGGCAGGUCCGUGUGUCUUCAAAGCAUGCGACAUGUUCCAGACCUUUAGUGGGAAAUUAUGGAACUGUGAAUGAUCUGAAGAGCAAUUUCAAGCAUGGAGAACAGGUGUCCAUCACCUGCAGGACCGGAUUCAAUGGAUCUGGACUUUACAGAUGUGUACACAACACCUGGCACCCGAGAAAGCCGAAGUGUGACUGGGUCAAAUGUCCAGUCAUCGAAAUCAUCAAUGGUCACAUAAAGAAUCGUAGAGUCAGAUAUAACACCAUUGUUGACAUCCACUGUAAACCAGGAUUCAAUCUGCGUGGUGCUCAACGUCUCCAGUGUGGGGUGAACGGAUCCUGGAUGCCAGACGUUCCCACGUGUGAGCCUGUGUCGGGCGUCACCUGUUCAUCACCGGCUGUGGCUCAUGGAGGAAUAAAAUCGGGAGCGAAGCCAUAUUAUAAACUUGGAGACACUGUCACCAUCAGGUGCUCGGAGGGCUUUGGUCUGAUUGGCUCUUCACAGAUCACAUGUGGACAAUAUGGCAAAUGGCAGCGCUUGCCUGAGUGUCGCCCUGAAGUAAGAUGCUCGGCACUGUUGAUGAUGAAUGGAAAAAUACAAUCUGGAGAGAAGCCACAUUAUAAACCUCGAGACACCGUGACCGUCAGCUGCACAGAAGGCUACGAUCUGAUUGGCUCGCCACAAGUCACAUGUGGACCAGACGGCCAAUGGCAGCGCUUGCCUGAGUGUCGCCCUGAAGUAAAAUGCUCGGCACCUGUGAUGAUGAAUGGAAAAAUACAAUCUGGAGAGAAGCCACAUUAUAAACCUCGAGACACCGUGACCGUCAGCUGCACAGAAGGCUACGAUCUGAUUGGCUCUUCACAGGUCACAUGUGGACCAGACGGCCAAUGGCAGCGCUUGCCUGAGUGUCGCUUUAAAGUUUCUCCCACAGGUAAUUGUGGUCCAGCUCCCUUCUAUCCUCACGCCCAUCUCAGAGACGAGUAUUCACCAGAGCAGAAAGAACACACAGCUGAAGCUCGGCUUCGAUACAAGUGCACUAUCGGACACCGCUGGGCUGGAGGUAAAGACAGUAUAUACUGUAGGAACGGAGAGUGGACGGAUCUGCAGAUGAGAUGUGAACCCAAGAGAUGUGGUUCUGCAGGAGAGAUUUCAAACGGCCACAUCGAAUACUCCGGCGUGUCAUUCGGAGACACGGCGACAGUCGUCUGUGAUGAGGGGUAUGAGGGGAUUGGUCGACCUGUGCGGUACUGUAGGGACGGAGGCUGGGAUGGAAGGAACGCCGAGUGUGAACCUGUGUACUGUCCUCCGCCCCCGCUGGUCAAUAAUGCAGACAUGUUUGACCUCACAUAUGACCAAGUUCCGUUUGGUAACAUGGUGUCCUAUCGCUGUCGUACCGGGACUCUGAUUGGUGCAAGAGAGAUGCACUGCACCAAGAACGGAACGUGGAGCGCUCCUCCUCCUGAAUGUCGAGAUAUUGUUUGUCCUGUACCCAGAGUGCCACAUGGAUCUGGAAUGAUGGGCUACAGGUCUGUCUAUAGAUUCGGGGACACGGUGAGAAUCACCUGUAAUCCUGGUUUCAGACUUUCAGAAGAAAAUUACGUCAAGUGUGGAAUAGAUGGAGAAUGGACGCCAGACCUUUCCAAACUGUGCCUGGCUUCACGUGUUGCAUACUAAAAUACUAUUUACAAAAGCGUUCUCUGGCUUGAGAGGCUACAUCUUAUCUGUUACAUUAUUGCGAAAUAUUUUGUUUAAAAUCAGUCAGUUUUUCUAUAUAAACAGGUGAUUAAGGUUUGUUAAAAUUGUGUUGUCAUCAAAAAUAUUUCAAAGCUUCAUUUAGGAACGACGUCCAUAAUGCUGAAUGUUUUUUCCAUUAAAAAUGAGUAUUAGUCAUC